AACGGGCUGUUAGCCAAAUCUUGACUCGCAACAAUAGUUAUGGCUAAUAAUUUGUAUUUCGAUAGUUGUGGCUAUAAUUUCCCGCUGCUUAAUAGUUAUGGCUAAUAUAUUGUAUUUACCCUUAAUUUUUUAAUGAAAAGGGGAAUGGCGGACGACAACUCGUUGGGAGAUGUUACAGGGCUUGGCGCCGACGGGGGAGGGAGGAGAACAAAUCGGCGCGGUUGGAGGCGGCAGGUGGCUGGUCGCGCGGUUGGAGGCGGCGGGAGACGCUGGGGUGGCUGGUGGAGGGGCGAAGAGGUCGAGAAGCCAGUGGCGAGGGUGGCAGGUGAGGGGCGACGAGGUCGCGAUUCGCGUUUCGUCGAGGGAGAGGAAGGAGCGGUCUUAGCCCGCAGGCGAUGGCGUGGGGCCCAGGCGAGCGCGCGGGUGGGCAGCGACGAUGUUUGGUUUCUGGCGGCGAGAAGGAGGAAUGGGUGGGCGGACUGCGGGCGGCGCUGCGCGAGAAGGGAAGGGGUUUGCCGUUUUUGGGAGAACGGAGAAGCAGCCAACAAGUUGGGGUUCUUGGGGGUCGUUUUGGGUGGGGAUGGUGCGGGCCUAUGGGGUUGUUUUUGAGUAAACGGGAAGACGUCGGUUAGCCGGUUAACCGCCGGUUUUCGACCAUGAUAAAUCGGCUAGCCGAGCCUCUUCCCCUCUCCUCCGACGAUCGCCCGCCAACAAAUGAGGACGGUUUUUGGUUAGUCGAAAACCGGUCGGUUCGGUCAAAACCGUCUGGUUAACUGCUAACCGAAAACCAUUCUGCCACCCCAACUUGGGGAAUAGGUCUCUUUUUUCUUUUUUAUUUGGCUUUUUUAAGUUUUAUCAUAUUUUGUUCAAAGUUAUACAUAAAAUACAUACAAAUAUUUUAUUUAAUCGAUAAAAUUAUGUAAUGUCU